AUGCCCAGGGACCAGGGUACCUCAGUCAUGGAGGAGAGCAUGGAUACUUACGCUGAGUCUUCCAACCAACCUGGCGGGGCGGGAGUAGUACCAAGAGGAGAGAACAUCAUUUUGAGCUGGACAUCAAAGCGUGGCGUUACUGGUACAUGGAAGAAGAAGGAUACGUUGCUGCAGCACGGUGGCAGGAUCAUCAUAAGCCACAAUGACCACAAGGAGUUCCACCUGACCAUCACAGGGGCCAGAGAGGAGGACGAGGGCCAAUACACCCUACAGCUGGAGAAUUUCUGGGGCAAAGAGUCUGGUUCUGCACAUGUUAAAGUGCUUGAAUAUGAUUCUGACUGGAGACACCUGAACUGGGAUCCAGCCAAUAUUGAAAAACAAAAUGAAAAGCAGAAAAAGAAGCUGAGGGAGUUUCCCAUCAGCAACCCUGGGGUCAGGCAGCUUCGUUUCCUGCUGCAUGGCAUAACAUCAUACGGCAAAUCCACCCUCAUCAACUCCAUCAUGACUGUGUUUAAGCAGCGUGUCAUCACCCUUGUGCCAGCAGCAUCAAACUCGGAUAAAACUCACACCAAAUGUUUCAAAACAUACAUGAUUGAGGACCAUCAAAAUAGAGCAUUGCCAUUCAUAUUCAGCGACACUAUGGGGGUGGAGCUUGGAGAGGGCGGAGUUUUGGCAGCUGACAUCAUCAGUGCCUUGAAAGGCCAUGUCAUGGAUGGUUACGAGGUGAGAUAA